AUGGCGAUUCCCAGGUUAAACUCUCUGCUACGAUGCAGAAAACUGGCCAAGAGUGAUUGGCUAGUCGCCUCCAUCGGAUUCGUCUUGAUCGUAUUUUUCCUCUCUUUCUUCUUUGAUCCCACUUCAGAUUCCGUCCCCUCCGUUGACCGAUCUCCCGCCGUCGCACUCCCAAGUGUUCUGGUCAAACUGAAGCUGUCGAGUAAAGCUAAAGAGAGAGGAGCCUUUUGUUUGGAUGGAAGCUUGCCUGGGUACCAUUUUCACAAGGGCUCGGGAUCUGGCUCAAAAAGCUGGCUUCUUCAUUUGGAGGGUGGAGGCUGGUGCAACACAGUUGCGUCAUGUUCUUCUCGAGCAAUGACUAAAUUAGGUUCUUCCAACUACUUCGAACGUGAAGUUCCCUUUCAAGGUCUCUUAAGCAGUGACCCAUCUCAAAAUCCUGAAUUCAAUAACUGGAACAGGGUUAAGAUACGGUACUGUGAUGGCGCCUCGUUCGCCGGACGCCCUGAAGCUGAAUUCAAGAACGAGACACGGCUUUUCUUCCGGGGUCAGCUCAUUUGGGAGGCAAUCAUGGAUGAACUGUUGUCGAUGGGCAUGUCAGAUGCGAAACAGGCGAUACUUACAGGAUGUUCUGCUGGUGGCUUGGCAACUCUUAUACAUUGUGACUACUUUCGGGAUCAUCUGCCAAAAGCUGCAGCUGUCAAAUGUGUUUCUGAUGGAGGCUUCUUUCUCAACGUGCCUGAUGUUCGUGGAAACCCUACCAUGAGUACUUUCUAUCAUGAUGUUGUUAAGCUGCAGGGAGUAGAUAAGAGCUUGGAUCAGAAAUGUAUAGCCAAAAUGGAGCCAUCUAAGUGUAUGUUUCCCCAUGAAUUCCUGAAAAACAUAAAAACUCCGGUGUUUCUUGUCAAUGCAGCCUACGAUUUUUGGCAGAUUCAAAAUGUCUUGGUACCAGCUGCUGCUGAUCCAGAUAAAAGUUGGGCAAAGUGCAGACUCAAUAUUAAAGAAUGUGAUGCCGCACAGAUGAAUAUUCUACAUGGUUUUCGGAGCUCUCUGAUGGAUGCGAUUGGGAAAUUUCAUCAGAGCAAAGUCGGUGGGAUGUUCAUAGACUCCUGCUUUUCUCAUUGCCAGACAUUUAUGUCAAUGACAUGGCACUCCCCAACCUCUACAAGAAUCGAAAAUAAGACAAUUGCAGAGUCUGUAGGUGACUGGUUCUUCAACCGAAAACCGGUGAAGCUAAUCGAUUGUCCUUACCCGUGCAAUCCCUCUUGUUACAACCUGAAUUUCACCUGA